AUGGCGCGCCCUCUCGACCCCCUCGGCUUCGAAGACGAAAUGUGCCCCGUCUGCAAAUCGCGCAAGUACCUCAACCCCGACAUCGUCUUCGUCUUCAACCCCGAAUGCUACCACUCCAUGUGUCUCAACUGUGCCAACCGACUCUUCAACGACGGACCCAAUCAAUGUCCGCACGCCGGCUGCAACAAAACGCUCCGUCGCAAGGGCUUCCGCUCGGCUUUUUUCGGCGACUUGGCCGUCGAGCGCGAGGUCGACAUCCGCCGUCGCGUGGCGGCGGUGUUCAACCAAGUCGAGGACGACUUUGAGACGCUCCAGGAUUAUAAUAAUUACUUGCAGAUGGUGGAAGAUUUGACGUUUGAACUUGUCAAUGGGACGGAUGAGAGGAGACGGCAGGCGGAGGCGCAAUUGCAGGCAUGGGAGGCGGAGCAUAGGGCGGAUAUUGAACGGAAUAAGAAGGCGGGGAGGGAGGCGGAUGAGAUUUCAAGAGUGAGGCUGGCAGCCGAAAGGGAUGCUGUCAGGCAGAGGAGGAUUGAGGCUAUCAAGGAGGCGGAGGCGGAGAAAAGAGAGAGGGUGAGGAGUCGCGAAAUGGAGCUGGAUAACCUGGCCAAGGGAACCACUGCUAUGACAGCGGAGCCGGCGACGAAGGUACAGCUAAAGAGGCGUGGGCAGGUGAAUCGGGUUGCUGAAACAGCUUCCAACCCUGCCAUCGCAACAACGGGAAUGGGCACGGGCGCGUCGGAGGUUGAGCGUUUGUCCAUCCGCGGCUUGAAGGAGAAGCCGAAGGCGCCGGCGCCACAGGGCCCGUACGACCCCUUUGGAGGCAUGGACUUCGCGCCUAGUCGGUACAAGCUACAUGGAGGCUUGAGUCACCCGCUUAUGGAGAAGUACCGGUUGGACAGACAGCACGUUGCUGGUGGGUACAGCUUUGACGACUUUGCGGCGCGCGCCUUGUAUGAAGCGUUUGCUGGGUUGGGUGUGUUUGUUGAGGAUGAGAAGGAGGUCGGCAGUGGUAUUGGGCUGUCACAAGAGACGAGCAUGGCGGCGGGGAUCGCCGCUGUGGUUGACGCGGAUAAGAUGGAUUUGGACUGAGAGUGGUUCUGGACCGGUAUGCCCCGGCCUUUUGGUUGGCGGUAAUGGUGUUUUUGUUGCAUAGCGACGGCGUUCACUCAGCGAUUGAAUAUUUUUCUUUUUCCUCUCCGACGGAUCUGGAUUUAGGAACACACAUGAGGCGGGACCAGCAUCAUAUAGAUCAACUUCAGACUCGGUGGUUUUAGAGGGCGCAAAUAUUCGGGUCUGCUGUGGAUUUCUGGGUUCGAAAUUCAUUAUGCGAAUGGUCGCAGUCCAGCAGCCACAUAAGACAGAACUUGGCGAACUGCAGUACAUUCACUACUCUUUGCCACCCAUCAAGCCAUCUGUCUACUUGUAAGGAGUAUCAAGGUCACUGAAGACCACGUUUUGUGUGAGGGAUUGGGACGACGAUGAUGAUGGAGAAAAGAAGAAGAAAAAGAAAUUCAGACUAAUAAGAGUGCGUCGAUUGAUCACAAAAAUGCCCAAAAAAAUAUAUAGAUUAAGAUUUACCAAACAAAAAGAGCCUCCAGGCUUCCCUACUGC